AUGAAGUAUGCUGCCUACCCGCUGUAUGGACAAGCGUCCCGCAGCAACCCUUCCAUCAACUGGCUUUGCUCUACUUCUCUUCUAUGUCGAUCAUUUCACGAGGCUUGCAUGGCUGCAUUGCUUUACAGUCCUCCACUCUAUCCUGCGUGGCGAGCUCACGGCCUCAUGCGAUUGCUUCGGGAAAGUCCUAGUACAUCGGCCACAGAAUACAAAAAUUGUAUUAACUAUCUCGACAUCGAAGUCAAACAUCUUCUUUUCAAAAAGAGCGGCAUUGCCAUCGAUGAGCUUUUAUCCCAUACCCCUCUUCUACAGGGCAUACGCCUAUAUUCAAAUCAUGAUGACUUCAAUACCCUUAUUUGGGCGCAGCCAACAGCCCAGAGAUUGAAUUGGUCAUAUCCUGCGGAAUUGUUCGACCACCUCAACAAGAGUAACAUGAUAAUGAGGAGCUUUGAAUGGAAUGGUCGAUUUCCCAGCGCUCUGGAGGCUCUUGAAACUGCCAUGCGCGUCCAUUCAGGUGCCUCAUUCUCUCGCCUACGCCAUCUUACCUUUCUAAACCUAACGCUCCCGGAAAAGGCCAGUGAUGUCGACAUUGACACAGCGUACAGUCUUCUUACUGGCGCACUCAAACAUCUGCCAGAUCUCAAAAGCCUAACAUUCCGAAACUGCACCCUACUCGAUGAGGACGCGGCCACGAUGCUCCCUAUUGGUCUGCAGGAUUUGGAGUUCUCACAUUGCCCCUGUUUGACUUCUGAGACCCUUGAACAGUACUUGCACUCAGGAGGCAGCUCGUUGAGAACACUCAAGCUCUUUGGGAAUCAGUCCAUGUCCUUGGGCUUCAUGGCUAGCCUUCGAGUACUGUGUCCUCGUCUGCGAGUUCUCGAAGUUGAUAUGCUCUACGUCGACCCAACAUCGUACCGUGAUCGAGAUCCUCUCUAUGAUGAGUUGUUGCCUAAUGGUCCUCCGACUUGGCCAACUGAUCUCGUCACCAUCUCUGUUGAAAAUUUACGGCAACUGUCGGCCACAGACGCUGAAGAGUUCUUUGCCUCGCUUGUCGACUCUUCCGAACAUCUCCCUUAUCUGAGGAAACUCAACAUCAAAGCAAUUUUGAAGGGCGCGAGCUGGAGAGAUCGUGCCAAUUUGAGGAAGACGUGGUUGCCGAAACUCGAAAACACCUUUCUCAGCAGUGCAGAACCUUCCAAUGUCACCAAGAAGUCGUCCAAGACAUCGCAGUUGAUAUCCCAACGUCAAAGCAGUCGCAUAGCGAACAGCCACCUGAGGAAGUUCAGUAUCAGAGUGCACCCUGACGAAAGUGACACCACGACGCCAAAGAUGGUCCAACCCCGAUGUGAGAUCGUGAAUCUGGUGAUAUCGGAUCAAAGGCCUUCUCAGGAUCAGUUCCACGAGGAUGAUUUUCUGGAUGAUGCGCCAAGUGACGAUGGGGAAUGGAAUGGUCGUGACAUGGAGACGCUUUCUGCCGGCUAUGCAUGGUGA